UUCUUUCAAGCAAGUCCAUAGAACAUGGGACGCCUAAGGAAAGGGCACGCACGGAGGAGGUCCGAUGUAUGGGCAGAAGCGGGAGGCAAAGAGAACAUCGUACAUCAGUUUUUAAAAGCUGAUGUACUGAACAGGGACCUGGGUUAUUCUUCUAACCUUUGGUCAGACCUCUCCUGGAAGUUAUUUGACGAGGACUCCAAGAGGAAUCGGCACUGGUUGUGGGUCAUAUGGACUCAGAAUAGAAAUGGUGUUAAGGACCAAGUAGUCCUUAACAGUCCAUAUGACCCAACAGCACUGGAGCCCGGAGACAUGCCAGAAGGUGAGACAAAAGAAGUGAUGGCACUGCAUCCAUCCAAGGAAGACGCCCUUCUGGCAUGGCUCAACGGGCUGCAGCUGGACGAACCAGUGCAGAGAAUCCUACAGCUUCAGGAUGGAAUCCUGCUGCUCAAACUCGUCAAUAAACUGAAAGGAGAGGGGCCAAGCCAGGCCCCUGUUCACCUCCCGCAAGCAGAAAGGCUGUCCAUCAUCUCGGACUUCCUCCACAGCGUGUGUCCUGUUGAGUGCAACAUCCUCACACUGUCCAAGGGAAGGAUGCUGGAGUUGCAGCUCACCAAGGUUGUACUGCUCCUGUGUUACUAUGGACUUGCUAACAACAGUCUGGUUGUGGAGUUUGAAACUGAGCUGCAGAUGGUGGCCAUGUUGCGUUCCGUUCAGCAAAAAGCGAGUGGUCUGUGUCUGUGUGAAGAUCUGGACAAACUCCUCACCACGAGCUCGCUGAUCUACACCUCGUCCGUGAGCAGUACGUCCUCUGUCAGCGAGGACGGCUCGCCCUCUUUCCCCCAGGCACGCAGCUCUCCGCUCGUCAGCUUUGCGGAGCUGGACACUGUGGCCUCCAGCUCGUUUGUGGGCUCAACUCUACAGGAGCUGAUGAGUACGCCUCAGGUGCAGGUGAAGCGGCUGCGUAAGGAGUUAGCGCACGAAGGAGAUGUGCAAGACGAGCUGGAAGGAGAGCUAGCCGAGCGAAUCGCUCUCCUCUCGGCGAAAGAGGGGCAGGCGAGUCAGCUUCAGCACAGGCUGCAGCGCUUGCAGAGGGAUCAGGAGGAGAUGGAGAAGGAGCACAAAGCUACACUGACCGAGCUGCAGCAGAAGAACGAAGGACUCCUCACACGGGUACACACGGUCUUAAAGCAGUGUCGAGACCUUAAAACGGACAACAGCCAGAAAGAAAGACAACUCGACGAGCUGAUGGAGGAGAACGGAACUCUCGCAGCACAGGUGAGAAACUCCUUCGCCCAGCUCGCAAGGGCCGAGGAGGAAGUCGCUAAAAUAACAGAAGCUCACAAUUCAUCCCAGACCGAGUGGGGGAACAGGAGGGACUUGCUGCAGAGAGAGCUAAGCCAGGCCAUCACUGACAGGGAAUGUCUUUCUGAGCAAAUUCAGAUCUCACAAGGAAAGAUCUCCGUCUUGGAGGACGAACUCGCCAAACUUUCCCAGCAGCCCCAAGAAAAAGGUGAAGUCCUGGGGCCGAUUGUAGAGCAGGAGAAACUGAAGCAGGAACUCACAGACUUGACUCAAAAACUUUCCAAACUUGAAGAAACCAUUUCCCUCCUCAAGAAGGAGAAAAUGUCACUCAGAGCACUAUUAGCAGAGGAGAGAAGCUCCUUUGAAAAGGAAACCCUCCGCUUGGAGGGACGCAUUUCAGAUCUUCAGCAGUCGAUAAAGAACAUGCAAGCAGAGAAAGAUGCUCAGGAACAAGCCUCAAGGACCACACAAGAAACUCUUACCUCCCAGAUAGCAGCUUUGGAGACCGAUCUGGCGCAUCUUCAGCAGCUUGAAGUUCAUAUAACGGCAGAGAUCGCUACAUCCGCAGAACUGCGCCAGCAACGUGGGAUGCUGGAGGCUAAAGUCACCUCCUUGGAUGAUAUGGUUAAUAUGCUGGAGGCAGAAAACGCAACACGGCAGGAAGUUCUUAAUGCCAUCAGGGCCGACCUGCAAAACGCCCAGAUUUCUCUCGUGGAAUAUGAAAAAACGUUGGCAGACCAUCAAAAAGUGGUAGAAGAGAACGCUUCGCUCCGAGCCAGAAUCUCUGUGCUGGACGACACCAUCACAAAUCUGCAAACCGAGAUCGACGCACAGAGAAAAAGAGGCGACGAGCUUCUCACAGCAAACGAGCAGCAGAAAGCUUUGAUGGAGGAAAAGUUUCAAAAGCAGGAGCAAAAAGCGCACGAGAUGUUUGCAGAGCUAGAGACUCUCAGCCAAGAGCUUCACAGAAUGAAGCAUCAGAAGCUUGAAGCCAAGUCGUGCGUCGAGAGGUUAGUCCAAGAAGGAGCGGACCUUAAAGCAAUUCUAGCAGAACAGCAAGAUCGAGGCCAAUCGCAACUGAUUCUAGUAACCAAGGCCAAAGAUGCGAGGGAGAUGGAACUGCAGCAAAUUAUUACAGAUCAUCAAAACGAAAUAUCAGAGUUACAAACGAACAUCGAGGGAACUGAACUAACGGUGCUGAAAGAAAAAAAUAUUUCUAAAGACGGAGAACUCCGCAUACAGCAAAAGGAACUGUCUGACCUUCAAUAUAAGGCAGACGAUUUGCAAAGACAGCUCUCGGAGGUAGAAGGACUUUCACAACAUUUGAGUCAGGACGUGGUCUCCAAAGACAGGGAAGUUCAACACGUCAAGGCAGAGCUUGAACAGAGGGAAGGAGAGAUCCAGACCCUUAAGGUCAACCUUCAGUCUCUUGAAGCGAAGUCCAGUGAAAUGCGUGACCUUCACCAGAAGGAAAUCGAAAAGCAGACGCUCGCCAUCAUGGAGCUGAAGCUACAACUUUCCGAAGCUGAGAAACUCAUCUCGGAGAAAGUUCAAUCUCUGCAAGCUCUCGCCCAGGAGUUGAAGGGUUUAAAGGAAGAGCUUUCCAUCGAAAGGCAGAGAGUCGUUACGUUGAGACUGGAGGUUACACAACUGCAGCAGGAGAUUGAUGGACAUUUGAAGAAGUUGGAGGAGUCAUUAAACAAGAGUAAUUCCCUCAAAGAGGAAUUGUCAUGGCAACAAUAUCUAGCGUUCCAGAGAGAAAGUGAGGUUUCUGUUUUAGCAGCACGAAACAAAUCUCUGGAGGAAGACUUUGCUCAACUUCAGAAUAAGUUAGCAGAGGCCAUAACUCUAGCUACUAAACUGCAAACUGACUUACUCAAGCUUCAAGAGGAGGUCCAGCAUCAAGAGAACCUCAGAGCAAAAGUUCAGGAAGUCGAGAAGGCUCAAUGUAAAGAGCUUCAACGAGAGGUCACCGAACUUCAGGCUCGAGUUCAGAAGCUUACCAGUCUUGCUUCUGAGAGAGAAAUGCAGCUCGGUGCUCUUAAUGAAAAGAUGAAAGAACAAGAAGAAUACAAUCAGAAACGCCUUCAAAAAUCCGACGAGACCCUUCAGAAAGAACUCGAGAAUGUUGUAGACUUGAAGGGGCAGCUAGAGUCUGCCAAGAAUCAGACUGCAGUGAAAAAUGAACUUUUGGAGUCAACAGAAGAAAAGCUUAAACAAAUGGAGCUCAUGUACCAACAGAAAGUAUCCCUCAUUAGUGAAACCUGUCAGGCCAAGGAAGCUUUAGAAAGAAGAGUGAAUGAGCUUUGCAGUAAGCAGAAGCAAGAUCUGGAUACGUUCCAGCAAGGUUUAGAAACCUUGGAAAAGGAAAAGGAACAUCUGUCUUUGAUUAAUGAAUCUCUCCAGAGUGAAUGCCUGGCCUUGCAGACAAAGAGCAAGGAGCAACAGGAUACGUCAAAUGCUUUUAAGGCUGACCUGCAAAGCACCCAAGACAGAUACGAGAGAGAUAUAGAAGCCCUAAAGAAGGAGACGGAGCUUCUCCAGGAUAAGUGUUGGAGCUUGCAGACCGAGAACAAGGGGCAGGAAGAGGCCCUGAAUACUCUGACGGCUAAUCUUCAGAAAACUCAAGAUAGGUAUCAGAAAGAUGUCGAGAUCAUGAAAAAAGAGAACGAACAUCUCUCUUCAGUAAACCAGUCUCUCCAGAUCGAGUGCCAAACCUUGCGGGCAAAGGAAACAAUACAACAGGAGGAGUUUAGUGCCCUCAAGGCUGACCUGCAAGAAAACAAAGAGAAAUUUGAAAAAGAUAUGGAGAUCUUGAAGAAUGAGAGAGAUCAACUUUCUUCAGUGAACCAGUCCCUUCUUAAAGACCUCGAGGCAGCCCAGAAAGUGGGAGCAGAACUGGUCUCCGUCAAAGAAGUCACUCAACAGCGUGAACACGAGCUUGAAAAUCAAGUAAAGGAAAUCCAGGUGAAGAUUAAAGAAAUUUCCUCACUGGCUGAAGAAAGAGAGGCCGAAAUAAGAAAUCUUCACUCUGAAGUAAAGCAGCAAGAAGUUUCAAGGCUUCGUGCCGAAGAAUCUGAGAAGGCUUCAAGAGCUGAACUGGAGGCAAAGGUGGUUCAGCUUCAAGUCCAGUGUGAAGAAGCCUGUAAAUGUUCAUCUGAGAGAGAUUCAGAGCUGAGUCUGCUUCGAGAUCAGUAUAAAGAGUCUGAGAAGCAGAAGCAAGAUGCCUGUCAGGCUAACACAGUCUUGGAGAACAUCGUUUCUGAACUGCGCCUCAAGCAAAAACAAAAGAUUGAGGAAUACCUUCAGCAGCUGGACGCCUCGGCGGAGGAGAAAGAUGCGCUUACGACAACCCUCCGGACGGACAGGAAGGCACAACAGGAGGCUCUGGAUGACCUACAGAGUGCUUUGCAGCAGGACGUGAAGACCCUGCAAAAAGAAAAGGAGCACCUGUCUUUCAUUAAUCAGUCACUUCAGAGGGAGUGUGAUGCCUCCCAGAGACUUGGAGCAGAGUUGGAUUUGAAGCUGAAAGGGCAGAUCGAAUCCUUCAGGGCUAUAAAAGAGGCUCUCCAAAAGAAAGAGAUGCAGAACCAAGAACUUCUGGAGCAGCUCAAGGCGAAGGCUGAAACAGUGGAGCACUACAAAGUCCAGGUAGAAAAAGCAAAAACUCAUUACAUCGGUAAAAAACAGCAACUCCUGGAGGGGCAGAAAGCAUGUCGGACCCUUCAGGCCUCUUUGGAAACGAGUGAGCGUGAAGGAAAAGCCUUGAAGGCUGAGCUUAAAGUGGUCUCCAUGGAGCUGGGGAAUAGCAAGGCAUCAGAGAAGAGAUUGAUGGCACAGAUAAAGAGCCUGGAGACUCGGUUGGCUUAUGCAGAUCAUCAGAUAAGAGAACAGAGAAAGCAGGGAGAACAAAGUGUCCCGAUGCAACACAGAGAAAAUCCCAGAAGUCAUCAGGCCAUCAACGGUAGUUCGGACAGCCUGGAGCUCGACCUGGACGAUUCUUUGAAUGCUGUUGGCAGUAAACAGUCCGUACCUGGUGAGUCCAGCACUCCUUCGGUCCGAAGUUCAGAGCGACUAGCAGCAAAAAGGCACACACAAGGCGAAGGCUCACUAGAGACCCUGUACUUCACUCCCAUGACGCAAGAAAGGGGCAAGAAACGUAAAGACGCCUUCCAGGACCACAAGCUAGAAAGCAGCAUCAGUUCACUUGGAGAGUUAACUCUUGAUUCGACGAGGAAGCCGAGCUCUUCGGUCCGGAGGCGACGCACCACGCAAGUCAUCAACAUCACUAUGACCAAGAAAACUCCCCUCGGUGGCAGCGGUGCUGCAGACGCCGACGAGUCUUUCUUCAGCCUGCACUCGGCUCAGUCGCAGCCCAAUCUGGUCUCACACAAAGCUCACCCAGUGUCUGAGAUCUUCGAGGAUCCCAACAAACUUCUCAGCCUUCCUGGGUAUCGCUGCAGCAAUGCGCAUGUCAGCGUUCUUCCACGAGCCCCGAGCACGUUCGGUAUAGGAUCCGAAUACGAGCCGGACCACUUCUCUGACUGGAUGAGGAUCGCAGAGCUACAGUCGCGGAAUAAAUCCUGUUUACCUCAUCUGAAGAGCAGCUACCCAUUGGAGUCCAGGCCCAGCCUGGGUUUCUCGCACCUCCCUGUGACUGACGAGGACGUUCGUACCGGCGACCCCACCGAGACCAUUCACCGUGCCUCAACCAUCCUGUCUCAGCUCAAGGACUCCAUUGCUAAUCACCGCCUCUCACUGGCUCCGCCUGCUGUAGCUGCUCACAGCCAGCGGGCAACCCCGGUUGCCAAAGCACGGGAAGUGCGAUCCACACGCAGCCUGCUGGCCCCUAAACGGCCUGCAGGGCAAGUUCAAGACCUUGACACACCCGAGGCAAAGAAGUUAGCCAGCUGCUUCCCUCAAACUCCUAAAGGCAGAAACCUUCGAUCUACCAACUCGCAGAACAUCGCACCCUCUCCGUUAGUCAAAGAUGAGGAUGAAGAUGUGAGACCGCACUCUUCCUCGUCCUCUAAACAACGUGCAAUAGAAACAAUGUCAGGAUACUGAAUGUUUUAAUCCUGAAUGUUUGGUUGUGGAUUUCUCUCUCUCUCCCCUCACCUGGCAUUCUAUUAUUUUUCUAUAUCUUGAAUCAGAGGAAUUGAAACUUCAUGGCACUUACUGCUCUCAUCUCAUUGCCUGGAUUUUUCACUGUGUGUUUGUUAUUGCAGAGACCAAAGAUGAUGUUUUGGAAAAAUCACUACAUUCUUUUUUUUUUUCCUUUCUGUCGUCAAAAUCUAUUGCCUUAUCGACUGCUGUUUUUUUAAAUCCUGUGUCCCAAAGGAAGUAACAGACAUCACUGCUUACAUAAGGCAGCCUCUGACCACGGUCUCUUCCACCAUGUGUCUCAUGGUACAUUGUAAACUUGGUUAUAACCCUAACCCGGUACAUCGUUAGAUUUACCAGCAGCUUUAAAUCAUAAAAUUCGGUGAACAGGCUCGCACGAGUUUGAUUAUUCUAUCACAGUUAUUACCACAGGGCUGUACAUAUUCAGUAAAAUUUUGUAUUUGUCGUCUUUCCGUGUGCAUUUUUAAAUGCUUCCAGUUUUCCUGUUCGAUCAAAACUUGUAUAUGUAUAAAUUAUGCCUUUUUCUAUUUCAUCUGUUAUUUUUAAACGUUUGUCCUUUUAUGUUUUCCUAUUCUUUGCUUCAUUUUCACUUUUAAAUUUUCAUGUGCAGAAAUUAAACUCAACUAUGCAUUAUUUUAAAA